AUUCAUUUCGAUUUCUGUGAGAGGAGCAGCGCAUCGCCGCCGCAUCUGAGCAUCACAGUUACAGUCAUCAUGUCUUACGGAAUGAUGGACAGCAGCCACUCACAGUCACAGCCGAGAGAUUUCAACAACCUCACGCAGACAUGCAGCUCAAACAUCCAGAAAAUCACACAAAACACUGGCCAAAUCAAGAGCAUGCUGUUCCAACUUGGCACGAGACCAGACACACCUGAACUUCAGGACAGACUCCAGCAAGUGCAGCACUACACAAACCAGUUAGCAAAAGAGACCAACAGACACCUGAAAGACCUGGGCACUUUACCACAGCCACAGUCCCCUUCAGAACAGCGUCAGCAGAGGAUUCAGAAAGACCGGCUGAUGAAUGACUUCUCAGCUGCUCUCAACAAUUUCCAAGUGGUCCAACGGCGAGCCGCAGAGAGGGAGCGGGAAUCAGUUGCGAGGGCACGAGCUGGAUCCAGAUUCCAGGUGGAUGAGCUCAAUCAAGAUGAGCAGCUUGUGACAUUUGAAAAGAAUGAAGGCUGGAGAAUGCAGACAGAAGAGGAGCCUGUCACAGAAGAGGACCUUGAGCUUAUUAAAGAAAGAGAGACCAAUAUCCGUCAGCUGGAGUCAGACAUUAUGGAUGUGAAUCAAAUCUUCAAGGACCUUGCUGUUAUGAUCCACGACCAGGGUGACAUGAUAGAUAGCAUUGAAGCCAAUGUAGAGAGUGCAGAGGUGCAUGUGGAACGAGGGGCCGAACAGCUCCAGCAUGCUGCAUAUUACCAGAGAAAGUCCCGCAAGAGGAUGUGCAUUCUGGCUCUUGUCCUGUCUCUAGUGGCCACCAUCUUUGCCAUAAUUAUUUGGCAAGCAAUCAGAUAAGAUGAGAGCAGAAUCCGACCAACGCUGAGGAUCCAACUGCAGUGUGAGUGAAUGACGUUUAUGUGUGUGUUUACUGUGUGUGUGUGCAUGUGCAGGCACAUAUUUAAGACAAAUGAACUUGAAUUUCUGUAGGAAUGGCUCAUAAAAUGUGAAAAGUAAUGUCUUUUUGACCAAUAUUAUCUCUUCUUAUCUGUGCCAUUUCUGAAGCAUCUCGAUUGCACUUUAUUUUAAAAUAUUAGAAGGGUACUUGUAGUGUUCUUACUUAAAGGUCCCCUGAAGUGCCUUGACAUGCGUAAAGCUAAACAUUCAAUAGUGAUGGGUCAUUCUUGAAUGAUUCAUUCAUUUUGAACAAAUCUUUUAUGUGACUCGAGAACAAGGAAUCCUCUUAAGCUGUGUUCACACCAGACGCGGAACGCGUGGAUAAAUCGUGCAAUUCGCACGUAAAUAGAUGCGUCAACAUUUGAGUUUACUAGCUUCAAUUAUGCAUCAAAAUCUGCUUCACUGGACGCGAUAACACUUAAUAUUUGGCCCUACCCCUAAAUCCAGCCCUUACAUGCAAUCUGUGUCAAAUUUUAAAUGUGAAAAAAGUAUUAUUUUUAUUCAUUUGAAUUAUGAGGACACAUGCCAUGUGCUCAUAAAUCAACUUAAUGUUAUAAUACCAAUGUCAUAUCCAUAUCAUCCCCACUCAUAAACCACUAAAACCAGUACACACACACAUAGGUUUGGGUUGCUUACGAGGACAAUACAUCGACAUAAUGUAUUUUAUACAGUAAAAACAGCCUACGACCCCUAAACUCUCACAGGAAACCUCUGGCAAAUUUUAAAUGCAAAGAAGCUUAAAUCUUAUUUUUAACCAUUUGGAUUAUGAGGACACAAGCCAUGUGCUCAUAAAUCAACUUAGUGUUAUAAUACCAAUGUCAUAUACAUCUUAUUAAUCAGUCAUAAACCCCUAAAACCAGUAAACAUGCGCACAUUAGUUUUGAUGGUUUACGAGGACUCCCCACAAUGGUUAUGAAUUUUAUACUGUUAAAACGCAUACGGCCCCCAAACCCAACCGUCACAGGAAACCUGUGGCAAAUUUUAAAUGUAAAAGCUUAAAUAUGAUUUUAAAGCAUUUACAUUAUGAGGACACAAGCCAUGUACCACUAAAACCGAUACAUACACAAUGGUUUGGUGGUUUACAAGCACUCUCCACAGCUGUAAUGUAUUUUAUACUGUAAAAACACUUAAUAUUUGGCCCUAAAUCCAACCCUUACAUGAAAUCUGUGACAAAUUUCGAAUGUGAAAAGACCACAUUAAGUAUGAUUUGUAAGAGUUUUGUAUUACAAGGACACACGGCAUGUCCUCGUAAAUCAACUCAGUGUUGUAAUACCAACAUUCUAUACACAUUUGCGUCCUCGUAAACCACAAAAAAAGUAUAGGUUAUUAUUCUCUUAUGAAUGUUUGCUAAUGUGAAUACAUGACCAAUUUGAGCCACAGAGAGCAUUAGAUUGGUCAGAAGAUUUGAUAAGAAACUAAAGCAUGAGGUAAAUUAAUAAAAAUUGAUCACUUAUUUUGGCGGCAAUGACGAAAGGCAGGUUUUGAAUGUUUGUAUCUUGUGAACGAUGCUUUCGAAUUGUGGUGCUGGAGGCGAAUAAUACAUGGACAGCGAGGAUCACAAACAAAACGAUUCUGGAGCGUGUCAAACAAAAUGUAUCGCUAGAGGGCAAAAUCACCAAGCAGCGUCUCUCGUUCUUUGGUCAUAUCAUGCGAGCCAACUCCAUGGAAACAGCUUUAAUGCUUUGAGCAGUCAGUGGAUCGAGAAGAAGAGGGCGUCAGAGAACACGAUGGCUGGACACAAUCAAGACUGAAGUGAACUUGAAAAUGGAACAACUGAAAGAAGCAUACAGAAAUAGGAAAGCGUGGCAAAUUACGAUCCAUAAAGUGGCCGAAAGUCGGCGUCGACUGUUUGGCUAAUCAUCAUCAUCUUGUGAACAUGAAUUUUGUCAUUGUUUUGAAGCACACUAGCUUAUGGAUAAUCUUAAAACUGACAUACGGAUACUAACACCCCUCAAAAACAAACUUUAAUUUUGAUUUUAGGGGAUCUUUAAGAAAGUACUGGGUUUGGGUUAAGGUUAGGUUCAGGGGUAGGUUUAUUAGUUAUUACCGAGUUUAUGUGUUGUCUAUUAUAAGUAGACGUACAUGAAAACAGGACUAAAAUAAAGUGCUACCAGCAUUUAAUCAGCUUAGAUCUUACAGAGGCAUACUGGCACUCUAAACAGUGUACUUAGUUUAUUAAUUUGGAUCAGAUCCCAAUGAGCCAUUCAUGCAGAAAAGCAAUCACGUCAAAGUGUUCUCAUUAAAUCUGUACUUACUGUAUGUGUUAAACAUUGCUAGUAAGAGAAUAGUCUCCUCUAUUAAAUGUGUGUCUAUUAAAAAAUCUGGAGCAUAAACAGCACAACAUAUGAAACACAAACACAAGAUGAAGAUCGCAAGCCACUUGCAUGAAUGUAAUUUUAUUUUACAAAUUGUUUAAUGUUUUGUUUUUAGCUUGGUCUCGGUUAAUUUUUCAUUUGAAAUUAUGCAAAACAAUAAUACUUAUAAAUAAUACAAUGAAAAUGUAUUCCUUAAAAUGAUUUCAAUGAAACAGUUUUAUUGUUGUGUAUGUCUAAUGCACAGUGCUCUGAUUCUUCUGUAAAUGUAUUUCUUAGUAGUACAUAAUAAACAAGAAACAUGUUUUAA